CGCGUCAUCGCUGGUUGGCAAAUCAGUUGGCGUUAGAUCGAAGAGCUAGUAAUGUGUAUAAUAUUUCAAACGGCAUAGCGUCUCAGCUUCCAGUGAAAGUUAAGAAGAAAGGAUUUGACCAAGGCCUGUUGUUGCGCUCGUAUCUAAUCGUACUUCGACAAUAGUGAUUUCUCCGAUUUUAUGAAAAUUGUUCGGUUAACGUGGUCGAAAGAUCAGAAACCAAGACUCGGAACAAAUUCGUGAACAUCAAAGAAAUAAUUGCCGUGUCCUAUCCGAAGAAGGUCGGUGUGACAUUAGCCGUGGCCUGCGGCUACUUGUUUUCUGACUUGUGUACGUGAUCUGCUCCUGUGUGCAACAUCUCUCGGAACAUGGAGGUUUUGCCGUGUCCGGUGAAUGUCAACUUCAACAACACCAGAGCCGAAAUCGUGGCCGACGAGUUUGAUGGCGCUUGUCAGGCUCUGGCAAAACGACUAGAAGUAGAGUUGAGGAGGGCGAAGCACGCUCAAUUAGCUUGCGGGGAAGUUUUACUACCUGCCGAUCUCUUGCCUAGGAUAGCUAAAAAUGUUCUCAGCAUGGCUGAGAAUGAACCUUGCGGUCUUAGAGGCUGUACCUUAUUCAUUAGUUUCGAAACGGACAGCGUGUGCCGGAGACUCUCAAAAAUACAGUGUGAUCCGAAUGCGGUAUCUACCUUCGAGCUUUACUUAACUUUAAAACAGGAUCACACGUCUUGGCACAUUCUGUUACCUCAGUUCCUAAAAAAUCUUACGCGAGGCGGUACCAUUAUGAUCAGUAGGGACUUCACUCUGGAUAAGAAGAAGCUAUACAGGUCGUAUCAGCAAACACAGUGAACAAUUUCCCUGAUAUCAACUCGUUGGUCAAUUUUCGCCGUAAACUCGGUUAAUCAACAUUUGUUAAUUCCGAGUAGGCGCUGGCGUGAUCAUUUUUUUUUUACUUUCCACGCGAACUGGAUUUCUCUGAUGCGCGUAUAUUUCGUAAUAAAUUUAGUUCAAUGGUAACCAACGUUAUGAUACAAAUAACGAAAGAAAUAGGGUAAUAAAGAGAAGAGAAAAUCGUUAAGACGGAGGAGCGUAAUCUAUACGUUUUGACAAUUGUGAUAAUAUAGCGGAAAAAGAGUUUUAAUAUCGUUAAUAAGGUUGAACAGUUGUUUUAUGUGAUUUUUCUAGAUUUCGUACAUCGCCUAACUGAUUUAUAAUGCUUGAGAAAGGAUAUGGAUUGAGUGGAAGAUGUGAACAUAUCGAAUUGAACAAUGUUGCAAUUUAGAAUGAUUUCUAAGAAGUAGAUAGAGUUUGGUUGACAAUCACACCGCAAGUAUCAUCGUAGAACGCGCGAGUAUGUUUCGUGAGUUAGUUGUGAACAAAGUUGAUGUAACGGUACAAAUAUCUAGGAUUUUCGUCUAAGAAAAAUCAUUCUUGUGAGAGAUAAGCAACUACAUCUUCGUGUAACGAAGAAGUGACUCGUUCUAUAAGACUUUAUAUUAAUAGUUUCUCUACGAUAACACGUAAAAUUCAAAAUCAGUUUUUGUUAAUUAGCAACAACAAUGAUAGUGAUAAAAUCGUGGUAGUAGUAUGUAGUUGAUCAGUACUAAUAGUUGUAGCAAUAGAGUAAUAGGAACAGUUAUACUGUUAUUAAUUUGUAAUUUCUGAAAUACCAAUGGAUAUCUAAAAGAUUUUCGUUUGAUAUAAAGAGUUAUAUAUACAAUUUCUUCCAGUAUGAGUUCUUACUUUUAUAGAGUUGGUGUUCUUUUCUUUACUUAACGACUGUAUUAUCAUACAAAUCGAAACAUGUAAACCGUACGUUUGAAUCUCUUGUUCGACUUCUGAAUACGACUUGUUCAAUAAGAAUAAAUCGCAAUAAUAUUAGGUAUCGAUUGGUGACAAUGUUGUGAUAUUAAUGUGAAAAAAAGAACGCGAUUGACAAAAAAUAGGAUUCUAUGCGACAUUUGAAAAGUUUGUCGUAUGUGCAACCUCUCUGAUAUAUGUAUAUAAUAUAUGAUAUAGCUAUAUAAUGUCGAGGAACAAUUUAUAGAACUAAGAUUAAUUUACUAUCGACUUAUUAUCACCUUAUGAAAUUGUGAUAUACUUUAAACAAAACAUGUUUCAUUUUCGAUGCUUAAAAGGCUGCACUCGAAGAAUACGAAACAAUGUAAUAGGAGCAAGCGUGCGCAUUUAUAAGACUGAUCAGCAGUAGAAUUUUUCAAAUAAUAUUUACUUAUACGUGUGCAAAGUGUGCGUUCAAAAGAAGAAAAACACCAAAAAAUAAAUUCUGAGACACGCGAUGUAUCGGGUAUCUUACAAUUUGAAUUUCAAGUGAUCGUGAUUAGACAAGUUUCACUGACUUGAUAACAUUAGUCGGAAAUAAGAUGAUCUCUUUACGAUAUCGCUAUGAAAACAAACGAAAAAGAAAUAUGAACGCUCGCUGUUCGUGAUGCUAUUGAUUACGUAGGAGUAAUCAAAACGUGAAGAGUUAUGUAUACAUAUUUUGUACUUCGUUAAAAAGAAUUGAUUAUAUAUGUAACAAAGAGACGUUAUAGAAGAAUAACGUGCUACAAGUCCUACAUGUUAUACACACACAUGUAUAGUUGACAGAUUCAAUAAUACAACAGAUAAUAUUAUUACAACUGCUGUUUAUAUAUACAUUAAUAUUGUUUGAUUUUUUAA